UUAUAAGGAAACAUUUCUAGCAUUAUCACCACACCAUCCACACAUAUUCAACGACAUGCCAAUUCUCAUUUUAUUUCUCUUACUCCUUCCCAUCUUCAUCUUCUUCCUUUUCAAGAAACACCACUCUUCACUUCAUCUUCCUCCUGGCCCUAAAGCUGAUCUUAUUUUCGGCAACUUAAAACAGCUCGAUAACUCUAAUCUCCCAAAAUAUUUAUGGCAACUCUCCAAACAAUAUGGAGAUCUCAUGUCUUUAAGACUCGGUAUGAAACCAACUCUCGUAGUUUCUUCAGCUAAAAUGGCGCAAGAAGUGUUGAAAACCCACGAUCUUGAGUUUUGUAGCAGACCUCGUUUAUCUGGUCUCCAUAAAAUCUCUUACAAUGGCGUCGACUUGGCGUUUUCUCCGUACGACGCUUACUGGAGAGAAAUGAGGAAGAUUUCGGUAGUUCAUGUCUUUAACUCUAACCGAGUUCAAAGCUUUCGCGAUAUUAGAGAGGAUGAAGUUCGUAUCAUGCUCGAAAAGAUUUCGAAACUAUCGGAGGAAUCAAAGGUGGUUAAUCUGUCGGAACUGAUGAUGUCUGUCGGAAGUGGAACAAUUUGUCGAAUUGCAUUCGGAAAAAGAUACGAAGACGGAGGAAGCGAAGCGAAAAGGUUCCAUAAUUUGCUUAUGGAACUGCAAGUCAUGUUCGGGAGCUUUUAUUUUUCGGAUUAUUUCCCUUACGUGGGAUAUGUUAUUGACAAAAUGUCUGGACUUCUGUCUCGACUUGAUAAGGUUUUUCAUGCAUUUGAUGACUUUUAUCAAGAACUUAUCGAUGAACAUCUUGAUCCUAAUCGAAAUUUAUCGUCUGAUACGGAGAACAUUCUUGAUGUCUUGCUUCAACUUAAGAAGGAUCGCUCUUUUAAAGUUCAGUUAAACUUCAAUAACGUCAAAGCAGUUCUCAUGAACAUGUUUGUUGCAGGAACAGACACAAGUGCAGCAUCAGUAAUAUGGUGCAUGUGCUUUCUACUAAAAUACCCAACAACAAUGAAAAAAGCACAAGAAGAAGUUAGAACCCUAAUUGGAAAAAAGGGUUUUGUAAACGAAGAUGAUAUUCAAAAUCUACCCUAUUUAAAGGCAGUAAUCAAAGAAAUGAUGAGACUACAGCCACCAGUUCCAUUACUAAUCCCAAGAGAAACAGUAAGCAAAUGCAGUGUAGGUGGGUAUGACAUAGGAGCCAAAACCCUAGUUUAUGUGAAUGCAUUGGCCAUUGGAAGAGACCCUGAAGCUUGGGAGAAUCCAUUGGAGUUUGACCCUGAAAGAUUCUUGAAAAAUGAUGUUGAUAUGAAAGGGCAGCAUUACGAGCUGAUACCAUUUGGUGCUGGUAGGAGAAUUUGUCCUGGAAUUUUCAUGGGAAUAGCUAAUGUUGAGAUUGCUUUGGCGAAUCUCAUUUAUAAAUUUGACUGGGAAAUGCCUGAUGGAAUGAGUGCACAAGAUAUACAUAUUGAUGAUGUUAAUCCGGGGAUUGUUGUUCACAAGAAGGGUGAUCUGUCUCUUAUGGCGAAGACUUAUGUAUGAAAUGUAUGGUUUAGUUAAUGGCAGCAGUUGUGACUUAUAAUAUGUGGUGUAUGAUUAUUUAUAUUUGUUUUUGGUCUACUAGGGGUCGGUAUUGUUUUUGCCUCAUAAAUGCAUUACUUUUAUUCA